UCCUUUUAUAGUUAUUUCUCGCCUGGCACUCGCCCGGGCCGCUGCUGCUGCUGCUGCCGCCGCGGCGGGGGCAGCUCGCAAACCUGUGGCGGUGACGUGAGCCCCGCCAACCCGGAAACGGCGGCGGCGGCACCGGAGGCUCCGAGUCUCCUGCGCUCCCGCGCCGCGCUCCCCUCGUCCGCCCGGGCCGCCAGGAGAAGAAACUGAGACCUGGAAUUUGAUUAACUCAUUCAAGAUUACCCAGUUGAAUUUGGUCCCAGUUCCUGUUGAAAAUAUCUCAGGAUCCAGCUUCAUUGAAGGGUUACAAGGUUGAAUUCACAAAUUCUGAAGUAUUUCUCUCCUGCUAGUGUAAUCGUUUGCAUACCUGUUAGCAAGAAACAGAAGUUGAAGGACUGGAACAAGUGAACUAGGAAAGAGGGAACGCCAAUCCAAGGAUAGAAGGACAAGGACAGAAUCACCAGCACUGGCUGAAGGUACCUUAACAUGGGGAAUCUUCUUAAAGUUUUGACAUGCACAGACCUUGAGCAGGGGCCAAAUUUUUUCCUUGAUUUUGAAAAUGCCCAGCCUACAGAGUCUGAGAAGGAAAUUUAUAAUCAGGUGAAUGUAGUAUUAAAAGAUGCAGAAGGCAUCUUGGAGGACUUGCAGUCAUACAGAGGAGCUGGCCACGAAAUACGAGAGGCAAUCCAGCAUCCAGCAGAUGAGAAGUUGCAAGAGAAGGCAUGGGGUGCAGUUGUUCCACUAGUAGGCAAAUUAAAGAAAUUUUAUGAAUUUUCUCAGAGAUUAGAAGCAGCAUUAAGAGGUCUUCUGGGAGCCUUAACAAGUACCCCAUAUUCUCCCACCCAGCAUCUAGAGCGAGAGCAGGCUCUUGCUAAACAGUUCGCAGAAAUUCUUCAUUUCACACUCCGGUUUGAUGAACUCAAGAUGACAAAUCCUGCCAUACAGAAUGAUUUCAGCUAUUAUAGAAGAACAUUGAGUCGUAUGAGGAUUAACAAUGUACCGGCAGAAGGAGAAAAUGAAGUAAAUAAUGAAUUGGCAAAUCGAAUGUCUUUGUUUUAUGCUGAGGCAACUCCAAUGCUGAAAACCUUGAGUGAUGCCACAACAAAAUUUGUGUCAGAGAAUAAAAAUUUACCGAUAGAAAAUACCACAGAUUGUUUAAGCACCAUGGCUAGUGUAUGCAGAGUCAUGCUGGAAACACCGGAAUACAGAAGCAGAUUUACAAAUGAAGAGACAGUGUCAUUCUGCUUGAGGGUAAUGGUGGGCGUCAUAAUACUCUAUGACCACGUACAUCCAGUGGGAGCAUUUGCUAAAACUUCCAAAAUUGAUAUGAAAGGUUGUAUCAAAGUUCUUAAGGACCAACCUCCUAAUAGUGUAGAAGGUCUUCUAAAUGCUCUCAGGUACACAACAAAACAUUUGAAUGAUGAGACUACCUCCAAGCAAAUUAAAUCCAUGCUGCAAUAACAAUUCUGGAAUAAGCACCUGCUGUAGACAGAAGACAGUAUUCUGCAAUGACUGAGAAUGCACAGUUUUUUAGUGAUUGCAAUUACUAUCUCAUUUAUUCUUGCUUUUAUUUCUUUCCUCUGUUCCUCUUCCCUCUUUUUUAAUCAUGUUCUUGUUCUUAAGACUUCUUUUCUGUGCCAAAAUUAGUAAAGUUACACUCUGAAGGGAUAUCAUCCUUUCAAACAGGCCAUCUAAGGCAGCUAAUUAUGCAUUGCAUUGGGGUCUCUACUGAGAAAAAUUCUGUGACUUGAACUAAAUAUUUUUAAAUGUGGAUUUUUUUUGAAACUAAUAUUUAAUAUUGCUUCUCCUGCAUGGCAAAACUGCCUAUUCUGCUAUUUAAAAACCCUCAAUGACUUUAUUUUCUACUGCCGCCUUUUUCAUGUGCAACCAAAAUGAAAAUGUUUAAAUUAACUGUGUUGUACAAAUGGUACCCAACACAAACUUUUUUUAAAUUAGUAAUACUUUUGUUUAAAGUUUUAAGUUUGCAUUUUGACUUUUUUUGUAAGGAUGUAUGUUGUGUGUUUAACCUUUAUUAACUAACGUUAAAAACUGUGAUGUGUGCGUAGAAUAUUACGUAUGCAUGUUCAUGUCUAAAGAAUGGCUGUUGAUGAUAAAAUAAAAAUCAGCUUUCAUUUUUCUAAGUGUGGCUUGGUUUACUGAUGUUUUGUUUUUAGGCUUCUAAAGUUUUCCCCAUGUAUGUUUUUAUGGAAUGCAUAUAUACAUUACAUGAUGUUUUCUUUGAGGGGAGAGCCGGGUCUUUUCAUUAGAAUUUUUAUCAUUGUCUAUGUAUAUAAUUUUAAUUGCCUUUAAAAUUUUGCUAAGUAUAUUAAGACCAGUGAUCUUUUCAUUAACUGGACUUUUAUUCUUGAUUUACUCUUGUAUGGAUGAAGUAAUGAAAGGAAAACCGCAUCCUAGCUUGAUUCUCCGAGAGUGGGUAGCAACGUGAAGGCAGAGUAGCCCUUUCAUCCUGGGAAGAGAGUGAUUAUAAGAGGGACUUCCUAGGAGAAAAGCAGAGGCCAUGAUCUCACUAGUGGUGGAAAACUAACAUGUUUUUCAGUUUGAGAUCAUAAAACCUAAAUCAUGAAAUCUAAAUCUCACGGUUGGAAGAAACUGCUUAAAGGUUGUCUAGUUCAACCGUGCCAGUGUUUUAAAUAUUUAGGAAUAUCCGAGGUAUGAUACAAUUAAAAUGCUUAACCAUGGAAGAGAAUCACAGAGGCUUCCAUCAGACCCUUCUGAAUGAAUAGGGCCAGAUCAUGGCACACACAGCUUCUCAAGAUCACAUCCCUGCUGAUCUCUCUGGCCCUCCUGCUCACUGCUCCCACACUUCACACCCUGUUCUGCAGCCAGGCCCUACUGCUUGCUGUUCACAGAUUGUCCCAUGUGAUGUCACUUCCUUAACUCUGGUCUGGCUGGUACCUGAACCUGACAUUCCCUUCCUGCCCUUGUGACCAUCUAAUGAACGCCAGCUUUCAUCUUUGAAGGGUUAUCUUCUAUUACCUCCUUCAUGGAGCCUUCUGGAUAACAUUGGCCAUAUCCUUCUAGGCAUCUUCUAAGAAUAGUGUAAUGGGCUGAAUAGUGACCCCCAGGAGAUACAUUCACUGGGAACCUGCACGUGUGACCUUAUUUGGAAAAGGUUUUUGCAGAUGAAAUCAAGGAUCGGGAAAUGAGAUCAACCUGUAGUAGGGUGGGCCCUGAAUUCAAUGACCAGCUCUUAGAAAAGAAGGGGAAAUAGACAUACAGAGCUGACAGCCAUGUGAAGAUGGAGGCAGAGAUUAGAGCAAUGCAUCUAUGAGCCAAAGAACCCUAAGAAUUGGAAGUCGCUAGAAGCUAGGAAAGAAGCUUGUCACAGAUUAUCUCAGAGUCUCGAUAAGGAACCAACCCUACCAAUAUCUUGAUUUCAGACAUCUGGCCUCCAGGAUUGUGAGGGAAUAAGUGUCUGUUGUUUUAAGCCAUGCAGUUUGUGGUAUUUUGGUACAGCAGCCUUAAGAAUCUGAUACAUGUAUCUCGUAAAACAUCUCUGAUACUUACCUGCGCAUGUGGCUGUGUUUUCUGAUUCUAAAAGAGCCGUAGUAUCUGGAUACUGGAAAGUAUGCGAACUUGAGAGAAGGGCCAUGUCUGAUUUUCCUUCAGUGUCCCAAGGAAGGAUCUUGCACAGCACCUGGAUUUGGAGAGGUGCCAAGUGAAUGCUUCGGUGGACUGAAUGAAUACAAAUCAAAAAUAAUGACGCAGCUGGAAUGGAUGCAGUAAGAUUGCUGUGGCCUAUGCAGUUCACAUAGUUCACACUCUGCAUGUUGAAGAAUAAGUGGACAAAUCUCUUUAGCCCAGGGGCUAGCAAACCGGUCUUUGGGCCAAUUUACCCACCAUCUGUUUUUGUACAGCUUGUGAGCUAUAAAUGGUUUUUAAAAAGGUUGAAUACAAUGAAAAGAAUAAUAUUUUGUGGCAUGAGAAAAGCAUAUGAAAUUCAAAUUUUAGUGUUCAUAAAUAAAAUUUUAUUGGAACCUAA